AUGGUGCGCGAAGACCUCAUCAACAGUGCUGUCUCGUUCUUACAGGAUCCUUCAGUCGCUGGAGCGCCCGUAGAUCAACGCAUUGCCUUCCUCCGCUCCAAGAACCUGACCCAAGAAGAGAUCGACCUUGCUCUCCAACGCGCCGGCUCCGAACCUCCCUCUGCAUCACCGCAGCAAUCACAAGUACAGCCCUACCAGAGGCCGCCACCUCAAUCAUACAGUCAGAAUGCCUACUGGCAACCUCCUCCACAAGCGCCUCCAGAGCUCCCACGACGAGACUGGCGUGAUUGGUUCAUCAUGGCCACCGUGGUAGGAGGUCUAGGCUUCGGCGCAUACACGGUUGCGAAGAGAUAUAUCUACCCUCUAAUCGCCCCUCCCACACCACCUCAACUUGAGCAAGACAAGGCUGCAGUGGACGCCUCCUUUGAGAAGGCUUUCGCUCUCCUUGACCAACUCGCAACAGACACACAAGACCUCAAGUCGUCAGAACUGGCUCGCACAGAGAAGCUGGACACUGCUCUUUCCGACGUCGAAUCUGUCAUUGGCCAGCUCAAGGAUGCAAGUAGAAGACGUGAUGAUGAGGGAAGAAGGCUGAACGACGAAAUCCGUGGCUUGAAAGACAUGAUCCCUCAGGCUAUGGAGUCGCAGAAGAAGUCCGCCGACCAGCGUCUGAUCGAUCUCGCUACCGAGAUGAAGAGCCUCAAGACGCUGAUCAACAAUCGCAUGUCUGCUCCAGCUCCAGCACCAAGGAGCCCCAACCCAUCUGCACCUACCUUCAACCCUGCUACUGGAAGUGGUGCUGCAGCCGCAAACUCAACGUCAGCAACAGAUCCUACUCCAGCCGAACCUACACCAACACCCGCUGCGGAGACUAAGCCUGCAGUGCCCGACCGCUCUUCAACAUCCAGCCCCUAUGGUAGAUCGAUGAAUGGGCGCGCUGCAAUCCCUGCAUGGCAACUGGCUGCAAAUAAGAAGAAUCAAGAAGCAAAAGAAAAGAGUGGCACAGUUGAGACUCCUGUCGAGAACGCUACUGCAUGA